UUCACGUGAAGCCAGCUCAAACAGGUCAAAUAACAAGUACACAGGUGGUGACACGUUAAGACCGCAUGGGCAAUUUGCGCGUACGAACGAGCGGUUCUUAUAUGCAACUAAGAAUCGGUUCUUGUCAUUCACUUAAAAGAACCGUUCAAAGAACUCGAAUCGUUCGCGAACUUUACAUCUCGAUUCUCUGGGACUGGAGGAGGAGGACACAACUCGGUGAAAGACAUCCACAUUACUAAAAAAAAAAGCAAGACAAAGUAGACAAUGUCACAGCUAGCAUUUUUUUCCUGUAGCCUGUGGGAAGGCUGAAUAUUCACUCGUAGGGCUUUUGUAGCUAUUUCCACGCAGAUAAGCAGCGUGAAAACGCCGCAGUAUUUUUAGCUCACUUCUGAAAGGAAUACAACAAAAACAUGUCGUCUCCAAGUCCUGGCAAGAGGCGGAUGGACACCGACGUGGUGAAACUCAUCGAGAGCAAGCAUGAGGUCACCAUCCUCAGUGGACUCAAUGAGUUUGUUGUCAAGUUCCAUGGACCCCCAGGAACACCAUAUGAAGGCGGUGUGUGGAAGGUCAGAGUGGAUCUACCCGACAAAUACCCCUUCAAGUCUCCAUCAAUAGGGUUCAUGAAUAAAAUAUUUCAUCCCAACAUUGACGAAGCGUCAGGAACCGUGUGUUUGGACGUCAUUAACCAGACGUGGACAGCUCUCUACGACCUCACCAACAUUUUCGAGUCCUUCCUCCCCCAGCUGCUUGCCUACCCCAAUCCCAUAGACCCUCUGAACGGGGACGCUGCCGCCAUGUACCUUCACCGGCCGGAGGAUUACAAACACAAGAUCAAAGAGUACAUCCAGAAGUACGCCACGGAGGAGGCGCUAAAGGAGCAGGAGGAAGGAGGCGGAGACUCCUCCUCUGAGAGUUCCAUGUCAGACUUUUCGGAGGACGAAGCUCAGGACAUGGAGUUGUAGUAACAGCAUCCCACCCUACCCUCAAGACAGUCGCUUAGCGGACUGAAACGUACAUUGAUAUUUAAAUUUAAAAUGACAACUAUUUUUUACAGCAAGAUUUUUAUGGCCACAUGAGCAUUUUGCAUCCAGGAAGCUGGAGGAUUUGAACUCGCUGCAGCCUCAUGCUCGUUUUGCUCAACGACAUUAUGGGAGUGAUUGCAACUUUGCAACUUUGCAACCAUGCAAAGGCACAUUUUUUUUGGCUUUGCAUUGGAACUACAGGUGAACUUUGCAACAUUGACCUGAGCGUCUGACACUUGGCAGGAGUCAGAGGCUCCACUUUAUCCCUCAGACCACUUUCCUUUCUGCUCCGCCUCCUCUCCGUUUUAGGAAAGUUUGUUGUCAUUCUCUUGAGUGUCUUGAGUGUUUAUUAUGGCAUGACACAGAUUUCAAGUUGUGAAGGUUUUUGGGGGGUUGGUGGGUGGGGUGGGGGGCACCAGAGCCUGACUGGUCGGAGUGGUUCCUAAGGAUUUAGUAGGAUUUUGUAUUGGGGAAAAAAAAGGCACUCUAAUUAACAGAGAACAGUAUUGGUCAUGUUAGCCAAUUAGCUGUGUCCAAACCUUUGACUGGUACUACAGUAUACUUUGAGUUGCUGGGAAUUCUGUUUUUUUUUUUUUUAAUUUUUACAAUAUUCAGUUACUGAUGUUUACUCUACUACUUAGUUAAGAUGCUCGCUUAGCCAGUUUGUUUGAAAACUAUCAAGGUAGGUGGUUACUUUCUUAGUGAGCUCACUACUUCGUUAAUAAUCGAAUUAAUUGGAAAUUACACAUUAGCUAGCGUGGUAGUUUGGAAAUAAGCAUGUUAGCUACUUUGUUAGCUUGCUUGUUAUCUAGUUAUUUUGAAAAUAAGUAUGGGUGCUUGCUAGAUUGUCACAAAGCAAGCUAGUUACCUACAGUAUGUACCCUGUUAGUUUGCUCACUAGUUAGUCGCAAAGCUUGUUUAAGCUAGUUUGUUUGAAAAUAAGUAAGCUAUCUAGCUACGUUGCCAGUUAGCGCACCAGUAAGUCAGAAUGGAAACAAAUCAGACAGCCAGGUGGUUAGUUAGCUCAUUGGAAUAGCAGGAUUAUAUAAAACAAAUACUCGACUCAAAACGAUAUCUUUCAUUUACAAUUAAGUGCAUUUUAUUUUAUUAGGUUCGUGUUAAAAGCUUGGUCAAAGCAGAGGGCCACUGACUGGGGCCAUACUGUACUUGUUUGUUUAUGCAUUUUAUGGAUAACACAAUUCGCUAAACAUGCAAAAAGAAUGUUAUUGUGGCAUCUGUAGCAGACUAACCCUUUAUUUAAGAGUGCUUUUUUAAUCCAAAAGUCCGUUUUCUGAGUGUUAUAUCCUUUUUGUGCAAAACAGUAUCCUACUGAAUUCUUAAGGGGGUGUGGCCUUAGAGGUGGGGGGCGGGGCUUCUUGGGUCCUUGUUUAAUUGUUGCCUAUUGCUUGUACUGAACUAUAAUAGUUGUUUGACUUGCGUAGGGAUAGAUUGUUUUUUUCGUGAGUCAUCCUAAUGUACUUUUUUGUAUACAAAAACAUAUUUUUCCCUGUAAAUGAUAAGAAGUAACAACAUAUUGAAUCAGAUCCUUAUAUGCAAACGUGACCAUUGCAGACUCAAGUGCUCUUCUUUGUUUCAGCCACUCAACAUUCCGCUUUUGGUCACACCCUUUUUUUUAAUGAUGUUGAUGGCUUGUUGCGGGACCAAAUUCAAAUGGAUCUAAAAAGAAAAGGUAGCGUGCCCCCAACCCCGAAGUUAUGUUUUAAAAAAGUAACUUUGUCAUAGUUUGGCCUCUCCAUGUAUGGCUUUGUGUUUUAGUGCAGACCGAUGCCACAUUAUUACCAUGAAAAUUGACUGUUUCUUCAUCUUUGGAGAAUAAAAAAAUAUAUAUAUAUAAACUUGAAUGAAUGGUAUUGCUGUUGGUAUUGGUUAUAUACCUUUUUGUGUGGAAAUUGCACAGGUCAGCUUUAAAAUGUGUG